UAACCAUUAGUUAAUUAUAAUAAGGUGAAUUAAGCCAAUAGUACAGAUGGGAUCUUCCACUUCAAAGCCUGAAACAAAGGUAUUUACACCUACAACCCCAAUCGACUUCAGUGCAUCAUUUUUAUCCCAAUUGGAAAAUUCUCCUGAAUCUGAUUAUUCAAGAGCACAACAUACUGAAAAAUAUAUACAAGAAAGAGUUGCUGAAGAAUUAACUAAAUUAGAAAAGCAAAGUAUUAAGAAUUUCCAACAAACUACUAAUGCAGCAUUAAUUCCAAUUGAUGAAAAACCCGAAUUCUCAGUACCUGCUGCUAAUGAAAAGAUUGCUAAAUUAACAGAAUUAUUAAAAUCUAAUGCUAAUUUAGCUAAAAUUGAAAUUCCAGAAGCUGUAGUAGCUGCUAAAGAUGAAGUCAUAAAUUGUUUAAAGAGUAAUGCUGGAAAAUCCUUAAACUGUUGGGAUGAAAUUGAAUCCUUUAGAAAUUUAACUAAGGAUUUAUAAAUGUCAAUAAUAGUAAAUUAACUUUAACCCUUGUACAAUAUUAAUUAUAAUGAAAUCCCCAUCUUACAAAUAGAUUAAUUAAUCUAUAUAACUAUUUAUAUAUUAUUUA